AAUAAUCUUGACUCAAGGUCAGUUUACAACCUUUUUCUACAGUUAUUAACUGCAUCUCACGGCUUUCAUUGACCUUUAGUUAAAAUUAUUUUGUCAAACAGCUCUUCCCAUGGUCAAGAAUGAACUUUUACACUUAUUUCAAGCCAGCGCAGAGGUCCUAAAAGUGCUCAGAAAAGGGCUCAGGACAACUCAGCAAACUCCUUUGCUUGUUGAGGGCUCAUUGAGAUGCUCUGGAAAACUCUGGAAAAAGCCAUCGGAUAGUAACACCAGUUUCCUGCGAGCAGCAAGAGCAGGAAACAUCGACAAGGUUUUGGAAUAUCUGAAAGGGGGAGUGGACAUUAGCACCUGCAAUCAGAAUGGUCUUAAUGCACUGCACCUGGCAGCCAAGGAGGGCCAUGUGGAUCUGGUCCAGGAACUGCUGGACAGAGGUGCGGCAGUGGAUUCAGCCACAAAGAAAGGAAAUACAGCACUUCACAUUUCCUCUCUAGCUGGUCAGGCUGAAGUAGUGAAGAUCCUGGUCAAACGGGGAGCUGACAUCAACGCACAGUCUCAGAAUGGAUUCACUCCUUUGUACAUGGCUGCUCAGGAGAAUCACCUAGAUGUGGUGCGAUACCUUCUCGAGAAUGGAGGCAACCAGAGCACUGCUACAGAGGAUGGUUUCACGCCCCUGGCCAUCGCCCUCCAGCAGGGCCACAACCAGGUGGUAUCUAUCUUACUGGAGAACGAUACUAAAGGGAAGGUCCGUCUGCCUGCGUUGCACAUUGCUGCACGCAAGGACGACACCAAGUCAGCCGCCCUGCUCCUCCAGAACGACCACAACGCUGAUGUCCAGUCAAAGAGUGGAUUCACCCCCCUUCAUAUCGCUGCCCACUAUGGCAACGUCAAUGUGGCCACCCUCCUGCUGAACCGAGGGGCAGCAGUCGACUUCACUGCAAGGAAUGGGAUUACUCCCCUACAUGUGGCCUCCAAGCGUGGCAACACUAACAUGGUUCGUCUGUUAUUGGACCGUGGUUCUCAGAUUGAUGCCAAAACAAGGGAUGGCCUCACUCCUCUCCACUGUGCGGCUCGGAGUGGACAUGAUACAGCUGUGGAGCUGCUGCUUGAGAGAGGAGCACCCUUACUGGCCAGGACCAAGAAUGGGCUGUCUCCUCUCCACAUGGCGGCACAAGGUGACCACGUUGAAUGCGUCAAACAUCUUCUGCAGCACAAGGCACCUGUUGAUGAUGUCACAUUGGACUACCUGACAGCGCUCCAUGUGGCAGCACACUGUGGUCAUUACAGAGUCACCAAACUGCUGCUGGACAAGAGGGCUAACCCCAACGCCAGGGCACUGAAUGGUUUCACUCCACUGCACAUAGCCUGUAAGAAAAACCGUGUGAAGGUGAUGGAGCUGCUGGUCAAGUAUGGAGCCUCUAUCCAGGCCAUCACAGAGUCUGGUUUGACUCCCAUCCAUGUAGCGGCCUUCAUGGGUCACCUGAACAUUGUCCUACUGCUUCUGCAGAAUGGAGCUUCGCCCGACGUCAGCAACAUUCGUGGAGAAACAGCAUUACACAUGGCAGCCAGGGCAGGUCAGGUGGAGGUGGUUCGAUGUUUGCUGAGGAACGGAGCAAUUGUGGACGCCAGAGCACGGGAGGACCAGACUCCCCUCCAUAUCGCGUCCCGUCUGGGAAAAACAGAGAUUGUCCAGCUGCUCCUGCAACACAUGGCCCAUCCUGAUGCUGCCACCACCAAUGGUUACACACCCCUCCACAUCUCUGCCAGGGAGGGGCAGGUGGAGACGGCUUCUGUGCUGCUGGAGGCUGGAGCUUCACACUCACUGGCCACCAAGAAAGGUUUUACUCCCCUGCAUGUGGCCUCCAAGUACGGAAGCCUGGAUGUAGCCAAACUUCUGCUGCAGCGUCGCGCCCCACCUGAUUCUGCUGGGAAGAACGGCCUCACCCCGCUCCAUGUUGCAGCACAUUACGAUAACCAGAAGGUUGCGCUCCUGCUUUUGGACAAAGGAGCAUCCCCCCACACCAUGGCCAAGAAUGGCUACACGCCUCUCCAUAUCGCAGCUAAGAAGAACCAGAUGGAAAUCGCCACAGUUCUGCUGCAGUAUGGCGCCGAGACUAACAUCCUGACCAAGCAGGGUGUCACUCCGCUCCAUCUGGCCUCCCAGGAGGGCCACGCCGACAUGGCUGCCCUGCUCAUGAGCAAGGGAGCCCAGGUCAACAUUCUCACCAAGAGUGGCCUGACUGCCCUCCAUCUGGCAGCCCAGGAAGACAGAGUGACUGUUGCCGAGAUCCUCGCCAGAAACGGAGCCAACCUCGACCAGCAGACCAAAUUGGGAUACACCCCGCUAAUUGUAGCAUGUCACUAUGGUAAUGCCAAGAUGGUCAACUUCCUGCUUCAGAAUGGAGCCAGUGUCAAUGCCAAGACCAAGAAUGGAUACACUCCCCUUCACCAGGCAGCCCAGCAAGGCAACACACACAUCAUUAACAUUCUGCUGCAAUACGGAGCCAAGCCCAACGCUAUCACUGUGAAUGGCAACACUGCUCUGGGUAUCGCUCGGAGGCUGGGCUAUAUCUCCGUGGUGGACACACUGAGGGUCGUCACAGAGGAGAUCAUCACUACCACAACGACGGUGACAGAGAAACACAAGCUGAAUGUGCCAGAGACCAUGACUGAAGUACUGGAUGUCUCGGAUGAAGAGGGUGAUGACACGAUGACAGGGGACGGAGGCGAGUAUCUGAGGGCCGAGGACCUCAGGGAGCUGGGAGAUGACUCCCUUCCUGGACAGUAUCUGGAUGGAAUGAACUACCUCCGCUUCAGCCUGGAGGGAGGACGCACUGACAGUCGAAUACAAAGUUCAGACAGGUCCUUCACCCCAACCCACUACAGCUACUACUCCCCUAAACAUGAAGGCAUGAUGGAUGAGAUGCUCACCAGCCAGCAGGUUUCAUCACUUGCCAGGGAGAGUGAGAGGGAUUCAUACAGACUGAGCUGGGGAACAGAGAACCUGGACAAUGUGGCUUUAUCCUCAAGCCCCAUCCACUCUGGCCAUUCCUCUCCGUGCCAUGAUCAUGGAGACCACAGCAGCUUCCUGGUCAGCUUCAUGGUGGAUGCCAGGGGCGGAGCCAUGCGUGGUUGCCGGCACAAUGGUCUGCGCAUCAUCAUCCCACCCAGGAAGUGCAGUGCACCCACACGAGUGACGUGCCGACUGGUGAAGAGGCACCGUCUGGCUACCAUGCCCCCGAUGGUUGAGGGCGAAGGCCUGGCCAGCAGGCUCAUCGAGGUGGGGCCCUCAGGAGCCCAGUUCCUCGGUCCUGUGAUUGUGGAGAUCCCCCACUUCGCUGCCCUACGGGGGAAAGAGAGAGAGCUGGUGAUACUGAGGAGUGAGACGGGAGAAAGCUGGAAGGAGCAUCACUGUGAACACACCCAGGAGGAACUCAACCAGAUACUCAAUGGCAUGGAUGAGGAGUUGGAUACACCAGAGGAGCUGGAAAGGAAGCGCGUUUGCCGUAUCAUCACCAGAGAUUUUCCACAAUACUUUGCAGUGGUUUCACGCAUCAAGCAGGACAGUAAUCUGAUUGGUCCCGAGGGAGGUAUCCUGAGCAGCACUGUUGUGCCCCAAGUGCAGGCAGUUUUUCCUGAGGGGGCCCUCACCAAGAGGAUUAGGGUUGGACUGCAGGCCCAGCCAGUGAAUAUAGAUGUAGUGAGGAAGAUCAUGGGGAACAAGGCCACCUUCAGCCCCAUUGUCACCCUGGAGCCCCGCAGGAGGAAGUUCCAUAAACCCAUCACCAUGACCAUCCCUGUCCCUAAGAGCAACUCCGACCCCGCCCUUAACGGUUUCGGAGGAGACACCCCCACCUUACGACUCCUCUGUAGUAUCACUGGUGGAACAACACCAGCCCAAUGGGAGGAUAUAACAGGAACCACUCCAUUAACAUUUAUUAAUGACUGUGUCUCCUUUACCACCAACGUGUCUGCUAGGUUCUGGCUCAUAGACUGUCGGCAAGUCCAGGAAUCUGUCAACUUCUCCACUCAGGUGUACCGGGAGAUCAUCUGUGUCCCUUACAUGGCCAAGUUCGUCAUCUUUGCCAAGACCCACGACCCCAUUGAGGCCCGCCUGCGCUGCUUCUGCAUGACUGAUGACAAGAUCGAUAAAACACUGGAGCAGCAGGAGAACUUCACUGAGGUGGCCCGCAGCCGAGACGUAGAGGUCCUGGAAGGCAAACCUAUCUAUGCAGACUGCUUUGGAAACCUUGUUCCCCUCACCAAAAGUGGCCAGCAUCAUCUUUUCAGCUUCUUUGCCUUUAAGGAGAACAGACUAGCACUCUUCAUAAAAAUCAGAGACAACACUCAGGAGCCGUGUGGCCGUCUGUCCUUUAUGAAAGAACCCAGGAACUACAGGUCACUCACCCAAAAUGCCAUAUGCAACCUCAACAUCACCCUCCCAUCAUAUUGCAAGGAAUCCGAUUCAGACCAAGAGCAUGAGGAAGAGACCAGCGGAACGCUAGAGAAAUAUGAAGAGACGGAGACAUCAGUCCUGAAAUCAGAGCUGAUUCGAGAACCAGACCUCCUAUCCGACGUGUCAGAGAUGAAACAAGAUUUGAUCAAAAUGACUGCCAUCUUGACUGCAGACUCCACAGAGAAAUCCCCUUCCUUAGGAGGGUGUGGGCUAGAGAAAGGGACUGAGGACAUUUCUGGAGAACCAUUAGAAAUAAUGGAGAAGGACUUAGAGAAAGUCAAAGAGGACCUAGAGAAAGUCAGUGAGAUACUGAGGAGUGGAACAUAUGAGGGUGAGGUGGCAGAGGAGGCAGCAAAAGCAGCUAGAAUGUCAGAGGACUGGGUUCUCCUCUCAGACAGUGAGAUAGAAGAGGCCAAAAAGAUGGCAGCUUUAGAAAUUCAAGAGCCUGUCUUACGUGAAAGUAGAGCUAACAGAGGGGCUCCCAGACCUAAAGCCAUAAAGGACAGUGGUGACCUUAAAGAAUACCUCCUGGAUGCACCAGUAACCUCCAAAGCAAAAGCUAAAAAAGAGUCAGGCAUCCAAGAAAGAUUUACGGACGUUGUGCUACGCAAAAGUGCGAAACCAACCACUCCAACCAAAGUGCAUGACAAAACCACUGCUGGUGAUGUUAAAAAGCCAGUCAGAAGGAAGGGGAAAGACCAGGGGCAGGCAGAUGAAUCAACAGAGGCAGGUGCUCUUCUAAGUGUGCCUACAGCCCCUGCCCCAGCAUCGCCUGUAUCUCCAGUGGUUGAAGAAACUCCCAUUGGGUCAAUAAAGGACAAAGUCAAAGCUUUACAACAGAAAGUAGAGGCAGAGCAAAAGAGCAAAAAGGUCACUGGAAGCAAGCCUUCACAAUUGCCUGUUAUCAGCAAACCCUCUCCAAAAGCCAAAGAAAGCCCUAAAUCAAAACACCCCCUCCCUAAAUCCCCUAAAACUGAAUCUGAAAAACUUGAGGAGACCAUGUCAGUUAAAGAACUGAUGCAAGCAUUCCAAACGGGGCAGGACCCCUCAAAGAGAAAGUCUGGGCUGUUUGAGCUCAAAACAUCCACUACAUUAAGUCCAGACAAAACCACAAAAUCAGAAACCAUCCAGUCAAAAUCCAUGACCAAAGCAAUAACCUCACGUGUUUCUCAAGAGCGAGAAGUAUCGUUGGAUUCCAAGCCUCGCAAAAAAGGGACCACUCUGCAUGAGAGAGAGAAAGAAACCAAGUCAGUUGCUGCUGCCCAUUCAGAGCUGACUGAAACCGUAGACUUUGAAAAUGGUGGCCUUGAUGACAGCUCUGACAGCUUAAAACAUGAGGGUGUGGCAGACGCACUAAGUGCUAGUUCUGGAGAUGCAACCCCUCAUCUGAGUUCUGAGGACAGCUACAAACAUGAGGGUUUAGCCACUCCAGGCACAAGUCCUGAAAGUCUGUGUCUGUCUCCCAAAACUGGACAGCAGACCCCUACAACUGCAGCACCACCUACCACAACAGUCAAAAAAGAAAGGAAAGACACAGAGAAGUCUGGAGACUCUGGUGUAGGGGCCACUGGUGACCAACUAUCUACAGAAUUGACCCUCCCUGUCUCUUCCAGCGAGGCUGCAGAUGACCACACUACAAGUGAGUCCAUAUCUGUUAGGAGGAGUGAGUCUAAGCCAUCUAAACCUCAAAAGCUUACAAACAGAAUUUCAGAGACUGUAGAAACUUUUCUUAGCGAUGAUGAGAGCCCUGAUCGCCAGCUAGCAUUGUCUUUAGUUGGUUCUCCAGCCUCUAAAUCUUCUUCUCAACGUCAUGAAAGCUUAGAGCUGCCUUUAAAACAAGACUCAGAUGCUCUCAGUCCAUUAGCUGAUGACUCUUUGACAAUAAGCCACAGAGACUCUCUAGAGGGUAGUCCUCUCAUGGAAGAAAAUUCCUCCCAUAAGUCCCCAGACUCCAUUGAACCUAGCCCAACCAAGGAAUCACCCCCCCAUGACUCCUUAGAGAGCAGCCCUGUAGAGCAAAAAAGCCAUCCUUCCUUCCCAUCAACACGAGGUCCACCUAGUAAAUCCUCUACCCAUCCAGAGCCCUCCAAAGCUACAGAACUCCCUCACGAUGCUUUGCGUGGUAGGCUGCUUCGAGACCAUGAGGCUAGUGCUGAUGAUGACAGUUAUGAGCAGACAUCUCAGAUGACAAGUUCUGGUAAGAGUCCUCUCUCCCCUGAUACUCCUAGUUCUGAAGAGGUAAGUUAUGAGGUAAACCCCAAACCCCCUGACCAUACAUUCCUCUCUGUUCCAUCCAAACCGGCUGUCAUCCCUGAAGACCCAGAAGAAGAGGAUACAUCAGACAGCUAUGAAGCUAAGAGAAAAAUCACUCCAGAGGAGGAAAUGUUUAAGAUGGCAGCCAAAAUAAAAACAUUUGAUGAAAUGGAACAAGAAGCGAAGAGUAAAAAGAGCCCUAGAAAAGAGUUGUUUCCCUCAGCAGAUGCCAAAGUAGGGGAUGACAGCUAUGAAACAUUAGAGCCCACAAGUGAGAAGCUUUCGCAAAGUGAAUGUGGGCUCACAGAAGAAUCAAAGUUAGCGCUUUUUGUUGAUCCCCAUAUUAAAGUAAAACCUCCCUUUCCUUUUUCAGCAGGUUUGCAUGACGGAUCCCACAGCAAAGAGCUCAAGAACACAACAACAGCCAGUGUUACUUCAGAGGGACCUCACUCUGUCUCAGACCAGUAUCAGUCAAAAUCCAAACUGGAAACUGCACAGGAACAAAGAAUCCCACCAUCUGUAAAAGCUGAUAAAGACAGUAAUGCCAAAAAGGCUGCUGUAACAUCAAACACCGAAAACAGGACUGAUGAGCAAAAGGAGGAGUGCUUAAGGAAGUCAAGGGAAAACAAAGGAGAUGAUAAGGAUUGUCAAGAGUUAGGUUUUAGCAGGCUACAGACUGGUACGCUAAAACCAGGUAGCAAUGUAACAGAUGAAGUGAAAGGAGAUCACAAGGGGCAUUCAGCAGCACCAGAAGCUGGACUUGGUGCAACUGUUGCCACAAAUCAAACAAAGGAAAUGUUCAAACCAGAGGUCUGUAUCUAUGAUGACACAGAAGAGGAUGAUGAAGCACUGGAACCUCCCAGAACUGAGUCAAAAGGUGUCACUGCAAAGGUAGACACUGACUCAUGGUCUGCCUUGCGGGAAGAUGAUGCCACCUUUGAAGCUCGUGUCAAAGAGGAGGAACAGAAGAUACUGAAUCUGGUGGUGGACCGUCAGUCUCUGCAAGCAACUCCAGACUCAACACCUGGUAGAACACCAACAGAAGAGAGCACUCCUACCAGUGAGCCCAACCCUUUUCUUUUCCAAGAAGGGAAGCUCUUUGAGAUGACCCGAAGUGGUGCUAUUGACAUGACUAAGAGGAGCUAUGAGGAAGAGGGGGGUGGCUUUGCCUUUUUCCAGAUAGGUGAACAGCCUUUAGAAGAGCCUCUCUUAAAAGAGGCCAGGCAAGAAGGUAGGAGAUCAGCAGCAGAACCUGAAGUUGGUCUCAAUCUGACACUAGAGGUUCAGACUGAUGAAGAUGAGCAAUCAAAAGAAACAACUGAUUCUCAGCUUCAGUCCCCACCUGAAAGUGAUCCGCCAGCCUCCAAGGCUGAUGCCUCCAAAUCUAAAAUCCCUAAAAUGGGGAUUUCAGCUUCAGCCAAAACUUCAAAAAAGGAUCAGACAUCCCCUGGUCUAGAGACUAAAACAGACAAAAAUGUAAAUGAAGGAUCCUUAGAUUUAGACACAAGUUUCCCUGACCAAAUGAUAACAAAUGUACAGACAGCAGAAACUACAGUCACUAGAUCUGUUUAUUCUGAGCAGGGCCAAGAGUCCUCUGAUUCCUCUCCAGAGGAACCACAGUCAGUGAUAGAAGCCCCCAAAACAACAGGCAAGUCUAAACAAAGUGCUUCCAGUAGCAUUAAAAAGACUCCAGUCAAAACAGAAGCUAAGUCAGCUCCUCAAGGUUGGGGUAAAUCCACAAUUAUUUCUCCAUCUCAUGCAACUUCUUCUUCAACCACUCUUAAAAAACAGGCGUCCUUCACUUCUGAAUCUAAAUCUAGAAUUCCCAUCAAGGCUAGCAGUGUCAAGCCUGAUUCUACUGUCAAACGUGUUGAAACUACCCAAGACAAAAAGCUUAAAGUCCCUGUAAAAAAGGAUACAAGGAGAAAAUCUGAGACAGAUGCGGGUCCCUCUGUGGAUCUCAAAACCAAGACACCAUCUUCAAAAGCCAAGAGUUUCUGUGAGGGGGAGUCUACCAGGCCAUCUGCUAAAAAAGAACAGGGUCGUCCCUUGAGUGCUGAGUCAGCAAAAUCUAAAGGCUUCCAAUCCAGAUUGCCAGUCCGGGGCAAAAGUGGUCAGUCAUCUCAUUCACCAGCACCCACUAAAGAGAAAAGUCAGCCACGCAAAAAGUCCAUUGAGUUCUUUGAAGAGAUAAGCGAUGAAGCAGCAAAACUUGUGGCAAGGUUGGCACAGGCAGAGACAGAGAAAGAACAAGAGGCUGCAGCCGCCAACUCAGAUGAUGAGAGCAGUCUCAUUGACCCAGCAAUCAUAGAAAGAGAAACUUUCCCUGAGAUGCAGUUCCCUCCCUCAGGAGACAUCUUUCCCAUUAGACCACUGUGGGACGACCCUGUUGAGACACAGAUGCAGCGAAUCCCAGACGAUAAAGUCCAAAGUCAAGUAGACCCACAGGAUGAAGCAGAGAGAAAAGAGCAACGGUUGGCCAUUAUAGCUGACCACUUGGGCUUCAGCUGGACAGAGUUGGCACAAGAACUGGACUUCAGUGAGGAGAGGAUCAACCUGUUAAGGAUUGAAAACCCCAACUCACUGCAAGACCAGAGCCAUGCCCUCUUGAAACUCUGGGCAGAGAGGGAGGGAAAAAAUGCAACAGAAACGACACUGAUCAAAAGACUGACAAAGAUCAACCGAAUGGACAUUGUUCACCUCAUUGAAACCAAGAUAAUCAAGUCCACUCAGGAGGAGACAUCAUCACAUACCUAUGCAGAAAUUGAGCAGACCAUAGCACUGGACCAUAGUGAAGGUUUCUCUGCCCUUCAUGAAGAUUUUGACAGCCCCAGGCCAGGCAGGCGCACAGAGCCUGCACGUAGGAGUCCAGGCUCAGGACAAGAGGUACCCAUGGUGUCAGCAGAGGACCUGUCCUCUAGUUUGUCAUCACUUCACGAGAUGACAGGACGACCAGAGACAGACUCCAGAGCAACAGGCCUUCUUAGAAAUGCCCAGAAAGAGAAACUGCAAAAAGAGUUGGAGACAACAUACUCAUCACAAAGAGUAUAUGAGGAAUUGACAGACUCGGUACACACAGGCGGUUUUAAACAAGCUCAUCCAAAGACAACAGAGGAAACACAGUUUCAAACAGAUGAUGAGGUGAAAAGCAAGCCGUUGUCUGCUACAACAGUGACACAAGACACCAGUAGAAUAGGUGUGCUGUUCACUGGUGACAAGCCAGUGAAAUCACUUCCCCUUCAGCUACCUGAACAGAACUCAUACACAACCCAUAGAACUGUAACUCCAGUUCUACCUUCACCUGAGAAGAUAUUCUGUGUAAAGUCUGAAAGAUUGCAUGGGUACUCAGAGUGGGAGUUGUCCCCUAAGGAAGCACAGUCCAGUGAGCUUUUUUCACCCAUGUCAAGCCAGUUUCUGGUGCCACCAGAUUAUGAAGCAGUAUUUUCAGGACAUCAAUCCCUGAGAGUUUCUGAAUGUAACCAAGCCUCAUUGAACAAUUUGAGUCCAGUGUCCCCAGUGUUCAGAGACUCAGCUCAGGUUGUGACUGAAGCCACCACAAAGAGAGAGUCGGGAGCUGGUGAAGUCUUUGAGUUUUCCCCUGACUUUAACAGAGUCCUUUCAGAAUUUGAGAAAAAAGUCUCAGAAUUUGGAUCAGAAGAACCAAAGUUGCCACCAAAAGAUCUCAGUAAGGGCUCUGAGUCUCCCCUGCACUCUGACUCGGAUCUGGAAUUCUUUGACUGCAGACAAGCCUUCUCUGACUUCUCUGACCCAGAAGAAGUGAAAUUGGAACACGGGAUUAGCUAUCAUAUCACGGAGCCACCUUCCCCAAUGCCUGGGAGUAGCCCUGAUAUUGGUUUCCUGAAAGAGAGCCCUCAGUACACUGCUCACCCUUUCCUCCGAGUGGAAGAUUAUAAGCGUUUCUCUUCUGGCAGUGAAAGCCUUGGGGAAUUUGCUUAUGAUUCUGAGGGUUCAAGGGGGUGUCGAAGAGAGGGCGACCUCCCUGUGUGUGAGGAACUUCCUUCAAGAGAUCAGGGAGGGUAUUACGAUGAUGACGACUUCCUGGGAAGGGAGAUAGCAGAGGAACUAGGGAUGCUGUCCUCUGAUAGCUCAGAGGAGGAGGUGCUGACCACCAGGGUGGUCCGACGCAGAGUUAUCAUUCAGGCUGAUAACCUACCAGAUAUCCCACCACAGACUGUCACAGAGGAGAAGUACACAGAUGAGCAUGGGAACAUGGUAGUUAAGAAAAUCACACGGAAGGUGAUUCGUAAAUACGUAUCUGCGGAUGGCAUGGAGACACAGGAAGUGACCAUUGAGGGCUCUCACCAGGAGACGGUGCAGAUCGAGGAGGGAGACACUGUCUCCAGAGUGGUGAAGAGAACUGUGCUUCACAGUGAGGGAGAUCAGAAAGAGCUGACCGUCUCGGAGCCCCUGGCCCUGGGCGCCGCUACAGCAUCACAGUUUGAGAUGGAGCCAGUGCAGGGUCGAAAAGUCAGCAAGGUUGUCAAGACAACAGUGGUGAGAGGCGACAGGAUGGAGAAACAGACAGGAGACCCCUCGCUGGCUGCAGAUCUGCCCUCAGCCAGAGAGGACUUUGAGAAGGCUUUGAGUUAUGCUGGAGGCUUUGGGAAAGCGCCCCUGCCUCAUAUAGUAGAGAAAGAGAUUAUGCAGCACGACGGUUCUGUGGUUAGAAGAAGCCAGAUGCGUAAGUCACGAACCCAGAAGAGGACUGUGGUGAGGGAUGCCCACGGGAAGCACGUGCACCUGGAGUGUCUGGACGACACCCCAGACGCCCUGCAGCCCGACGCCCUGCAGCAGCACCUGCACCGACUGCUCCAAAGCUACUGUGAGGACAACCAGGAGGAGGAGGAGGAGGAGGAGGAGGAGGAGGAGGAGGAGGAGUUAGACUGAGCACCUGCUUCCGCUGAUCCUCCCCCUGCAUCUUCCACUGAAGCCUUUAGUGACAAACGCUUCCUGAGAUCAAAAUGUUCCAGAUCCCCUCCCUCCUGUCUUCGCUGAUCACUGGAUCGUUUCUCUUCUUUUUGUCGAAUAAUGGAACAGUAUUUUGUGCUUUAACACUCUUCCUUCCUUCACCUUGUGUUUCAUUUGCUCUUUCUGUGACCAAAGAUAGCACCCUUGGUUUUGUCGGAUUCUAUUUUCAGUGUGUCGCAUCUUUUUACCCUUUGGCUGCUGUGGUGUGGUUCAGGUAUGACGCACCAAAGGGGGAUCAAAAUCAAAGGGGGCAUCUCGGACAUUUUUGCCUCACACACAGGCCUCUUCUUGAAGAACUCUUGUAAACAUUUGUAUAUAAAGGAGAUGAAAAAAAAAAUGCUUGGACUGGAAAAAAGGUCCAAAAAAUUCAAAGCAUUUAAUACGUUAGCCCACCUAAACCUGCUGUACAUGCACCGAUUCAGCUGGAGAAUAGCCACCGUACAGAUGAGAUUAAUAUUACAUGGAGAACAAAUUGGGAGGAGUGAAAGUGUGUAUCAUCAUGGACUCUUUAUACAGCCAAACAUCAACCUGCUGAUCUGUUUACAAAGGCUGUGUGAGAACACCAUUUGUCUUCCCAUGAUGCAUCUGCCCUUUUUUUGUUCAUGUGUCUGUCCUAACAAGUGUCGUGCAUUCACAUUUUACCUGUCACAGAGCUGCCACCUCUGUGUGUGUAUAUCCAGUGUGUAUAUUGAGAAAGAAAGUAGUGAUGAGGAAUGUUCUGAUGCCGAUCGAGCACUUAACCCCGCUGUGAUUGUACAUGUAGCUGCUGUCGUCUGUGUUUCACCCUCCACCUUCACACGUGCUGCUUUUCCCCACCUCAAACUGCAGUGGUGCUCAUAUUCAUGUCCUCCAUGAAGCCUUGGAAAGGAUAAGGUUGGCUAUAUUUCUCUUAUUGCCAAAAAAUCCCAUAUAAAAGCCCAAACCAACAACAGAUGUCACCUGCCAACAAGUUCUGUGUGUGUAUCAAAGCCUCACACAUCAACACCGCAGUGAACCACACUGUUGCACUGGGUGACAUGUUCCUUCUUUACUAUCAACAUGUAUUGGGGCAAUUAACGGAACAUGAUAUGUAAUAUUAUUCCCAAUUUUUAGAUUUGUCCUGAUUCAUUCUUGAGUUAAAACUAGUGGAGAUGUUUUAACUUAAAGGUGCACUUCAUCUAUUUCACAUUUCAAAGUCCGUUUCAGCAUCCCGAAACUUCUUCAGUUUCUCUUAUAAUUUAUCAUUUCCCUUUUCCUUUGGCUCUUUUCCAGUAGAAUAGAAACGUUUUUAGAAUUUAGUAGAAAAUUGUGGCUUUUCAUUUAUAUCUGUUGUUUUUCAGCAAUUAUCACAUUUAAAUUAUCUGUAAGCGUGGUUUUUAUUCAGUCAUGUCUGAUCACUGUGUGUCGAACAGAAGCUAUAAGAUACAGAAACCCCAACAAAGGCACUAUUUUCCUCUUGUCUGAGUAACGUUUGAUAAAAACUACAGUGAGCAGCUGUUUUAGGAAAUGACGGAGACUUGUGUUUUUUUUUUUAAAAAGAAACUUUAUAUUUCUGAGCUGUUUUUUAAGAGUCUUCACAAGGAAACCGAUGGGCCUGGAGCUGAGAGUCACAGACAGGGUGGGGAUGUCAGAAAGUGCUGACAGACGGACUAACACAGUGUUGGUUUUGGUCUUUUCAUGAGAUUUGUUGACACUACUAAAAUAUAGACUAACACCAGAAUUAUCCUUUAAGUUUUUAGCCAUCACACAUAACAUAUAGACGCUUUGCUUUAAUUGCUGUUGUUGAUUGGACUUUUCUUGUUAUCAAAGGAUUGACACAUCAACCUGAAAUCCACGCAAAGACUGACUUCCACUGACAUCAGUUACCACUUCUGUACUUCCUUAUUUAUUUAUUGCCGUCCAUUUGUGAUCCCUGUAUACUCCAGCAGUUGAGCUGAGAGUGGUGUGUGUGUUUGGGUGUGUCUUUGAAUGUAUUCUAAAGCUACAAGUAAAGACAAAUGAGGUUUUUUUUUUGCCAUCAUAGACAGAACAGUUUUGUUGAUUUGAAAGUCGGUUGAAAUGCGUUCAGACUGAUAAAGUACGUUUGGUGUUCAUCUAAAGUUGAGACUUUACCUACGUAACAAUACGAUCGUCACCUUGCCAUUUACUCUGAGUGUGAUCCAAUGGAAGAAUAAACGAAAUGUCAAAACCAGACCAUUGAUUUGAUAAAUGAGCAUCUUGUUUCCAUUGUGAUAAUAUAUACUAUAAUAACAGUGCAAAUAUCUAUGCGGGCAUGUAUGACUUUAUCAAAUUAUUACUAAAAAAAUAAACCUGAAACGCUAACAAUGCAUAGCAACUGCAGUGUGUACAUGGCAGAACAAUAAAACUGUACAUGUGUCAAA